AGAGCUCGGUGGAGGCGGGACUCAGACGCUGGCCUAUAAACUGCAGGCUCCGUUAGCGCUCAGAUAGAGCAGCUAACUAUUAGCGAAGUGUUUGGUUAGAUUCCUCUAGUCUAUAUACAGCUACGGUCCAGUUUACUGCGCGCAUGGACACGGGCACGCACACGGACACGCGCACAGCCGUGCUGGGUUCUACUUCCGGUCAGAGCAGAGCAGUUGAAGGUGUUAUUCACUGAAGGGGCGUGUUAGCUAGGAGGCUAGCUGCUGCAUCUAAGUGUUUGUUUCCACUGAGCUCAUUAAUAAUUCAUGACGGCGCACUGCUAUUGGUGGACGGAGCGGAGGGGGCGGGGUUUAUUCUCGAGCUGAAAACUUUCUGUGACACAAACAAAGCGAGGAGGAGGAGACACGAACUCUGUGAUUGGCUGAGCCCUCAUCAGGAUGUCUCUGGACAAAGACCCUGUCCUUCCUCCUGAGCUGCCUGUCAAACUAAGCCCCUCCUUCCGUCCCCCUGUCAGCCUAUCAGAGGACCCCCAGCCUAAUAAGCUCCGCCCUCCUAAUUAUCCUAAAAAUGGCCACCAGCCCCACCUGCCUCCUCCUCCUCCAGCCAAUCAGAGAGUCGGGAAGAGACGUUUCUCGAUGGGUGUUGGUUUUAAAGGCGUGGCCAAACAUAGUCGCCGUGCCAACAGCGAGAGCCAGGCUGAGCCGGUGCUACCGAGUCACUUCCUGCUGGGAGGGAACAUCUUUGACCCUCUGAACCUGAACUCUCUGCUGGACGAAGAUGUCAGCAGGCUGACCAAUCAGGAGACUCCAGGCUGCUCCCCCCUGCCGUCACGCAGCAGAGACGCCGUAGAGAUCCUGGUCCCCCGGGACAUCACAGACCCUCUGAACCUGAAUGCAGGGGGCGAGGAUCGGGACGCAGCAGCUGUCCUGGUGUUCCCCCUGAAGUCCAGGAGGAGACACAGGUACAGACACCAUGGAGGAGGAGGAGGGGAGAAGGAGGUGACCCCCGCCCGCCUGUUCCCUCCUUCAGCUGGGCUCUCAGUUCCUGUGUCUCCUCUGUCCUGUGAGCUCAACACCGCCAUCACCUGUCGCGAUGACGUAGUUCCGCCCCCCAUCCUACCGCGCAGACACACACAUCCCCCGCCUGGCUCCGCCCACAAGCCUGGGAACCAUCGAGGGCAGCGGCGCACCACCUCCACCAGAUCAACUGAUGGGGCCGUUGCCAUGGAAACCACACCUAAGCCAACCAAGUUCCAGACGCCGCUAGUGGGAGGGGCUAGAGCCAGACGGUGUGGAAGACCUCAGCUUGGCUCCGCCCUGACCUCAGUGAAGAAGAAGGACAAUCAGCGGUACCAGUAUGGGAACCACUGCCAUUACUAUGGUUACCACGGUUUCUACGGCGAUAGACAUGAUGGGCAGGUUGGAGGAGAGGAGGACUCACGGCUCCGCCUCCUAGAAGCUGAUUGGUUCAGAGACAAGACGGUGCUAGACAUUGGCUGUGGUUCCGGUCACGUAACGCUGGUCAUUGCCAGGAAGUUUAACCCUACCCACAUCCUGGGGGUGGAGCUAGAUGGGCGACUGGUCCACGCAGCCAGGCAGAACAUCAGGCACUUCCUGUCACAUGACCUGGUGGUGGAGGAGAGAGGAAGGAGGAGAGAGGAGCAGGAAGUGAUGGAGGUGCAGCAGGUGUUGUCCCUUCUACCCCUCCCGCUCUCCUUUAGGGUGAGUCGAGGUCCCCUUUCAGCUCCAUCCCUCCUGCCUACAUCCUCCACCAGGUUUCCCAGCAACGUCACCUUCAUCCAGGGUGACUACGUAACAGAGAGAGAGGCGUGGCCUGGACGGGGUCAGUAUGAUGUCAUCAUCUGUCUGGGUGUCACCAAGUGGGUGCAGCUGCAGUCAGGUGACAGGGGCGUGGUCAGUCUGUUCAGACGAGCCUAUCAGAGCCUGUCGCCGGGCGGAGUGUUGAUUCUGGAGCCACAGUCAUGGAGCAGCUACGUUCACAGCAAGAGAGCCUCGGAGACGACGAUCCGUAACUUCAGAACCCUGAGGAUCCGACCAGAACUCUUCACCUCGUUCCUCACCGACAGUGUUGGGUUCAGCUCAUACAGACUGCUCACACACACAGGUAAUCCGAGACCCAUUUACCUGUUCCACAAGGGCUCCACCCACAGGAAGUGACAUCGUCACUGGAUCUGACUGGACAGUGAGACCAAGAGGAAGUGAUGUCAUCUCUUCAGAUCACUCAGACUGUGAACUGAGCAUGCUCAGUGUGAUGAUCUCAUAAACCUGGGAGCAGCUGAAACAGUCAUGUGACCACGCUCUGAUUGGACAGGAACAGCAGACAGGAAGUGACUGAUCUUUUCAAAAUAAAAUCCUUCUCAUGUCUAUGUUUUUUUUAUAAUAAAGUGACUGAGCUGCUU